GCAAAGAGAAGUAGAAACUAUCUGUAGCAAUGGAAGGAAAGAGAAGACGUGAAAUCUACAAUCCCUUAUAUUGUAUUCUUACCAGGCUAUCAGAGUAAAUGAACCUAGUUUGCUACGCGAAGCAACUCACUUUAAAGUGGUGGAUGCAGCAUCAAAUUUAAUUAAGGUAAAAUGAAAAUUCAAUUUUAGUUCUCUAAACGAUGGGACAAUUUUCUCUAUUUUUAAUAGUUAUGAUUCAAUGAUCGAUUCAUCUCGUGUGUCUAACAGCAUAUAGCAUAGUGUUCACUUAUUUUUGACUAAUUUUGUUAAAAUUAAGAUUUUAUUCCUAUAUUUUGUGAGAUAAUUUUCAAUUUAGUUGUGUAUAAUAAAAAAUGUUUUUUGGGUUUUGGUUCUUGAAAUAGUUUUGAAUUCAUGAAUCAAUCCUGUAAGAUGUGCCAUUCUAUAUUUCGAUUAGUUGAAAAUACAUAGAAAUUCUGCAUCGGUGUAUUGUGUAUAUCGAUGGCUCUUCCCGGGCACCACUACCAACCCCAACAACCACAGUCGCAAUCCAAAUCUUUCAGAGUUGAUUUUGACGCUCAAAUGUCGCAGCCCCUUUCCUAUUUGCACCGUUCUCCCUUUCAUGUCGUUGGACUUGCCCCCCCUGACGAUUUGCAAUGGAAUUUGGGUUCGGAGCACGACAGAAAAAGAUUCAAAGAACAAGAGAACAAUUCUCAAUUAUCUUGCGUUGAUAUCAUGCAACCUCGAUCAGUCUCUACGGGCUUGGGUUUAUCACUCGACAACACUCGCUUCGCUUCCACCGGAGACUCCGCAUUUUUAUCGCUCAUCGGCGAUGACAUCAAUUGCCAGUUGCUGCGUCACGACGCAGAGAUAGAUACAUUCCUCAGACUCCAGAGUGAACGAUUGCGAGAAACGGUUUUAGAGAAUGUUCAGGCGACACAGCUUAGGAGCAUUUCUGUCAUUGAAGACAAAGUCCUUCAAAAACUUCACGAGAGAGAAGCGGAGGUAGAAAGCAUCAAUAGGAGGAAUAUAGAACUUGAAGAAAGGAUGGAGCAGUUGACUGUUGAAGCAGAUGUGUGGCAGCAAAGAGCCACAUACAAUGAGAAUAUGAUUGCUGCUCUGAAGUUUAACCUUCAGCAAGUGCAUGUCCAGAGCAGGGACAGUAAAGAAGGAUGUGGUGACAGUGAGGUAGAUGAUGCCGUUUCUUGCUUCGAUGGCUGUUCCAUUGAUUUCCAUCCGCUCUCUGGAGAGAAAUGCAAUGAGAAGGAGAUCAUGACGUGUAAGGCCUGCAGAGUCAAUGUGGUGAGCAUGCUUUUAUUACCAUGUAAGCAUCUCUGCCUCUGUAAAGAUUGUGAAAGUAAGCUUAGUUUUUGUCCUCUUUGUCAAUCCUCCAAAUUUAUUGGCAUGGAGGUCUAUAUGUAACAGGACACCGUGCUUGUGAAAUUUCUCAUUUCACAUUAAGGCUGUGUCCUUUUUUUACUGAUUAUUGUUUAGUUCAACCUCUAAAGCUUGUAUCUUCAUCUGGGCAUACAAGAAACAAAAGCUCUUGCCUCCAUGCCACUAUGAAACUUGUUUUUCAGAUGGUUUCUUGCAUAAUGAAUAUCAGUUCUUGUUCUCAAGAGCAGUAUAUUUUGAUUCAUUCAACUGGUUAGAACCAGAUCGGUAACCAAAUAUGGAUACCCUUGGGAAGAGUUGUUUCUGUAAGUUUUGAGAUUACAGUAUACACGAAGAGUUGUAACUGUUGUCUUGAAUAUUUCAACUUGCCUAGGUUUCACCUGCCUUGUAGGUUUCUUUGUAGUUUGUACAGGUAAUCAGCGUUUUGUUUUUGGUGUGAUCUUCACCAUUCUUAGUUGUUUGAUGUCAAUCAUUCAAAUUUAUUAGGAUAGAGGUCUAUAUGUAAUAGGAUAUCUUAUGAGUGAAAUCUAAAUUUAUUAUGAUAGAGAUCACUAUAUAAUAGUAUAUCUUACAAGUGAAAUCUCAAAAUUAAUAC